UGGUAACAACAGAGUGGGACACCUCAAAACAAUAACAUCGUCAAUGAUUUGCAUUUUGUCGGAUCUUCUUCCUCUUCUAUCUAUCUCCGAUUUCACUUCUUCCUUUGUCUCUUCUCUUGUUCCUCAAAUCACACAAUUUCCACUGAAUCAAUAACAUCGUUUUGAUACCAAAAUUGUUAUUGAAUAUCUAGUUGCCCUAGAGAGUUUUGUUUUCCUCUAGACAAGCUCGCCCGUUCUUUGAGUUCGUUGAAUUGAAGCUGCGACGAAUCGAAAUCUUUGUGAUCUUAUUGGCCUGCGGUGAUGGCAACAGCGGGUGUAGCGCCUGCUCCUGGAUUAAGAGAUGCUAAUGCAAGUUCAGGUGGUGUUGAUAAGUUGCCUGAUGAGUUGAAUGGCAUGAAAAUUAGGGAUGACAGGGAAAUGGAAGAAACUGUCAUAGAUGGAAAUGGGGCUGAAACAGGACAUGUAAUUGUCACCACUAUUGGCGGUAAAAAUGGACAGCCAAAGCAGACUAUAAGCUACAUGGCUGAGCGUAUUGUUGGACAUGGAUCAUUUGGUGUAGUUUUCCAGGCAAAGUGCUUGGAAACUGGUGAAACUGUGGCUAUAAAGAAGGUUCUUCAAGACAAGAGGUACAAGAACCGGGAAUUGCAAACCAUGCGCCUCAUGGAUCAUCCCAAUGUUGUAACUUUGAAGCAUUGUUUCUUUUCAACAACUGAAAAAGAUGAGCUUUAUCUUAACUUGGUACUUGAGUAUGUUCCUGAGACUGUUCAUCGAGUGAUCAGACACUACAACAAAAUGAAUCAAAGAAUGCCCUUAAUAUAUGUAAAGCUUUAUUCUUACCAGAUAUGUAGAGCUCUAGCUUAUAUUCACAACUGUAUUGGAGUCACUCACAGGGAUAUAAAACCUCAAAAUUUACUGGUCAAUCCUCACACCCACCAGCUGAAGAUUUGUGACUUUGGGAGUGCCAAAGUAUUGGUCAAGGGCGAACCGAACAUAUCUUACAUCUGUUCUAGGUACUAUAGAGCACCUGAGCUUAUAUUUGGAGCAACUGAGUACACCACAGCCAUUGACAUCUGGUCAGCUGGUUGUGUACUUGGAGAACUUUUGCUUGGACAGCCUCUCUUUCCCGGCGAGAGUGGAGUAGAUCAGCUUGUUGAAAUUAUCAAGGUUUUAGGUACCCCAACUAGGGAAGAAAUAAAGUGUAUGAAUCCGAAUUACACUGAGUUCAAAUUCCCACAAAUCAAAGCUCACCCAUGGCACAAGAUCUUUCACAAGCGUAUGCCACCUGAAGCUGUGGAUCUCGUGUCAAGACUACUACAAUACUCUCCAAAUCUUCGAUGCACAGCUCUGGAGGCCCUGGUCCAUCCAUUCUUUGAUGAACUUCGUGAUCCAAAUACCCACUUACCAAAUGGACGCUUCCUCCCUCCACUUUUUAACUUCAAAGCCAACGAGCUUAGGGGAGUACCUGCUGAAAUGCUGGUGAAGCUGAUUCCAUCUCAUGCAAGAAAGCAAUGUGCGUUGUUUGGUUCGUAGUGGAGUAGUCUUGUGUAAAUAUUAUCUACCCCUUGCCUGUAGAAGUAUAUCUAGUCUGUCAAGAUGUUCAUAGUUUUUCCUGUUAACUUGUUUGUUCCCUUCCUUCCAUCACACUUCCAAUUAGUUAUUUUCCUUGUCUUAGAAAGCUCUUUGAGAAGAAGCUUAAGGCUGAUUUCUCUUCAGGGUUUAAUUGGUUUGUUUAUUUGAAACAUUGUAUAUUCAAGUGAUGUCAUACUUGAUCACCAUCACUAUGUGAUCCAGGAGGAGAUGUUUUAAAGCGUUCUUUGUAUGACCUUAAUGAUGAGAAAUUUUGCUUCGGAACAUUA